CCGCCCCCGACAGCGGCACGGAGGGAGAUCCGGCUGAGAAAGGGCUGAUCUUGCAUUUCAGAGAAGCCUGCAUUGGAGAGAUCGGGUGAGGACCACAGUCUAAGAGUUAAUAUUUCUCGAGAGAUAAAAGAUAUUUUGAAGACCUGCUCGCACUUUAGAAAAGAGUAAAAGGCCGGCUAAGGCAUAAGCAAGGAAAGAAGGCAAAGCAAAAGCAUUUCGUUGCUCCCUUACCUCCUUUCCUUCUUGCUCAGGACACGUAGUUUGAGACCUAGCUGGCUUGAUGAAAACAAAGGUGGAAGGGUCACAGUAUCUUUUAAGUAGACUCGCAUUUUCAUAAUUAUUUAUCCUCUUCUAUUUAGAGAAAAAAAGAGACAUUUGUACUUUCCGGUCGCCAGCAAACGUCUUUACAGGGGUUUUAUUCAUGUGAGCAUAUUCUAAAGGGAGAGACAAGGUAGAGGGAACUUGGAGAAAAAAAAGAAGAGAGAUGUGAUAAGAGGGAUCAGACAAGCUAAGGCUAAAAAAAUAUCCUCUCUGUUCCCUGCCUACUGUCGCCCCUCAAGAGGAUGGAAACCAGGAGUGAUAUUGGGGGGGCAGCUCAGGCGCGAGGGGAAAUCCGAGCCACGGUGGUGCAGCUCGCCGUCUCUUUACCUUGCCAGCCAACUGUUGCUGCCAUGCUCAGGGCUGCGGCUGCUGCGGGCGGAGCGGGAGCCGCUCCCUUUUGCUCGGGGGCUGCCCCUGGCCGGGCUCCGCGGCCGCCGCAGCUCCACAGGGCGCCUCUCGCCAGCCGCCCUGCCCCGCUCCCUGCCCUGCCCCUCUCCCUGCCCUCGCUCCUCGCAGGUUCUUUUCCGCUGCAGGACACUUGGACACGUCGGGCGGUCCGGGCCGCUGCCGCGCCUGCCGCACCCGACCGGGCACCCACCCCCGGCAGCCCCUCUGGGCUGCCCCGGGGAAGCCCCGGCCCUCUCCUCCUCCCGUCGGGCUCUUGCCCGACCCUGUCAAGGCGCACCCCGGGCGGGCCUCGCCUCCCCCGACGUGCUGUGCCAGGUCUGGGCCUGAGGCAGCUGGAGAGGCUCCGCUCUGGUGCGGCCGCACCGUCGAGGCCGGAGGCGCCACGGGAGCAGCGAGGGCUGCAGGCAGAUUCCUCAGAACAGAUUUCUUCUGCAAGUCCUUUCAGAGGAGAUCUACCAGUGAAAUGUCCAUGAUAACAGAUUGAAAAGGAUGAUAAAAUAAAAUGGUGAGGACUAUGUGGAACCAAACAGCAACCACUGGCUGUCUUCUGUAGAACACCCUUGCGCUGCUCAAGCAUCCCUACUUUAUUCCUGCCUUUUCUUCAUGCUCCCUAAGCUUUUUCUUCCAGAUGAGGGAGGACCAGAAGUAGCCAGAACAUUCAGAGAAGGUGGAGGGAGGAGAUAGAAGUCUCAAAACUACAGGUCUGUGUAAAUUCUGCAGCAUCAC